AUGUCCCGCCGCGCCCGCCGGGCGGGGAGGGAGCGGAGCCGCAGCCGGAGCCGCAGCCGCAGCCGGAGCCGCAGCCGGAGCCGCGGGCGGGAUCGGGGCCGGGGCCGGGGCCGGGAUGGGGAUCGGGGCCGGAGCCCGGCGGCGCAGGCCGAGCUGCACCAGUUGCAGCAGUUGCAUUUGCAGCAGCAGCAGCAGCAGCGUCGCUGUCGGGGCGAGCAGAAGAGGCGGCGGCGGGAAUCGCAGCAGCUGCAGCAGCUCCAGCACCUGGAGUCCUUUUAUGAAAAACCUCCUCCAGGACUCAUCAAGGAAGAUGAGACCAAGCCAGAAGACUGUAUUCCCGAUGUCCCCGGCAAUGAACACGCCCGAGAAUUUCUCGCUCAUGCUCCCACUAAAGGGCUGUGGAUGCCCUUGGGAAAAGAAGUUAAGGUUAUGCAGUGCUGGCGAUGUAAACAGUACGGACACAGGACAGGAGACAAAGAAUGCCCGUUCUUCAUUAAAGGCAAUCAGAAGUUGGAACAGUUUCGUGUGGCCCACGAAGACCCCAUGUACGAUAUCAUCCGGGAGAAUAAGCGCCACGAGAAGGAUGUGAGGAUUCAGCAGUUGAAGCAGUUGCUGGAGGAUUCCACUUCGGAAGAAGACGGCGGCAGCAGCCACCGAAGCUCCAGUUCCUCCGAAGGUAAGGAGAGGCAGAAGAAGAAGAAGAAAGAGAAGCACAGGAAGAAGAAGAAGGAAAAAAAGAAGAAAAAGAAAAGGCGACACAAAGCCGCUAAAUCGAAUGAGAGCUCGGACUGAAAAGCGCGCCGUUGCUCACCUUUGUCUCGGUUCCGGGAGGUCGGGUCGGAGCCAAAGCGCGGACGCCGGCCAGAGGGCCAAACGAGAAGGGUAACGGCGGACCGGGAGGCGGAUCCGCUUGAUGCCGGGUUAAUGUCACGCGAUCCCUUAACUCGGCAAGCACCGCCCCCCCGGCGAUGGGCGACUUCUCCGUCGGCAACCACUUCCUCCCUGCCCGCAGCCCGAGACCACCGUGCUGGUGCCGCGGUGCGGGGAGGGGUACGGACCCUGAGGGACCCAGUCCUGGGGUGCCCUCGAAGGAGGGCCUGGGCUAGCGGGGCCGGUUAGCUCGGACCCGCGAUGUUCUAGGCCCAAGGCACCGCUCGCGAAUAAAGCAGAAUGACUGACUUUUC